AAUAAAAAAAGCCUAAAAAAGAAUGCAGUAAUAAAAUGGAAAACUUAUGGUGCACGGGAACAUCACGUUCCUUACUCUCGGCGAGCUUCAAAGCCGCGGUGGUGGUGGCUGCAGCUGAAGCAGGGUGGAGGAUAAAAGAGAAAGGAGAAGAAAGAAGAAAUAAAUAGAAUGGAGGAGGACUCGCUUUACUUGCAACUGCACAAGCUAUCGGCAAUUAAUUCGGAGGAAGCGCUCGACCACAUACUCACUACGCUCUGGAAAUCCAGGAGAACCGGUCUCCGCUCACCGGAAAAGUCUCACAUCCAGUCUCUCCUCAGUCUUCCUUCCCUCUCCGAAGUGGAUCCUGUUUUGGCAUGCCUUCGUUCGCUUAUCAGAAAAAGUGUGCAUGAGAGAUUCACUGGGGAUGAUCUCUUGAAGCUGUUUCCUCCCGAUCUUUCACUUGAUCUUCAGAGUUUUCUGGUAUUGUUGCUCCAGAAAUAUCAGAAUCAAUGGAAGGAGGAAAUGUCAAAGGAACAGGUUGCAUAUCUUGAACUCAUUGAACAACAUCCUCUGCCAAGGACCAGUAUCUCUUACCAGGUGAAAGCUAGUGUACCUCCAUCUUUCUCUUCAUCUGAGAUUUCAAUGCCUGUUUGGCCUCGCCAAGAUGAUCUUAAUGGACGUUUGAUUCGUAAUGAUGUUGGGAUUUCUAUGUCAAUCAUCAGUGACAGCAGUGCCUCACACUUUGCACCAGUUACUAUCCAACAUGAUGCUUGCCCUUCUGAAAACUUGGGUGUAUUGCCACGCCUCAAGUCAAUGACAUGGACCAUGGAGAAUCACAACUCUGCACCAGCAAAUAGAGUAGCCAUCAUCAGUCUGAAGCUUCAAGAUUUCACCAGGUCUCCUUCAGGAGAAAAGGAGGUGAAAUUUCAGCUUACUAGAGACACACUUGAAGCUAUGUUGAGAUCAAUGACCUACAUCAGCGAGCAACUUUCUAGCAUGGUUAACGCUUCUGCAGAGCCGGUUCAGAAGAAGCAAAAGCAAUAGAGUUGUAACAGCCAUUUUGAUUAAGCUCUUUAUUUGUUUAUAGCAAUCGUUGCAGAACUUAAUAACAGCUUGGCAUCUUGAUCUGCUUCCUGCGAAGUAAGCUGGAUUAGGACUUUGAAACUCAAUAGUAGCUUGCAGGAAAUUAGCUGUUCAGUAUUUACAUGUCGUUGAGAGUUCUCCCUCUUUGGAAUCCCUACAAAAUUCAACUUGAUGUCAUUUGCUUUGUCGUUUUCAUAUUUUGAAUUAAUUUCAAUCUACGAUGUAAUUGAGAUGCUUCAACCCACUUGGAAAUCCAACACUUAAGGAUGACAGAUUUUUUUUUUUUC